GGUGAAUAUGAUGAGGAGACUCGCUAUCCCGAGACAAAAACUCUGACUAUUGGACAAUUUAAGUUGGGUCUGUGCCAUGGGCAUCAGGUGGGCCAUGAGUGAGUGGGUUGCAGAGUGGGAGAUGGGCCACACAACCUGAGGGGUCCGCAUCCCAAGAGGUCAGUCCACUAGUCAAGCCCAGAGGAGGCCCAUUAGACAGAGCUCAUCUUCGCAUCAACCGCAAAGCCACGGUUUCAAUCUCAACGGCUUAUAAUUUUAAAUUUGAAUUUCGAAUUUGUGAGCGUAUGUUUUUGACCUUUUCUCUUUAAGCAUCAACAAGUCGCAGUGGGGCAGGUCAGGUAGCCGUUCGACACCUUCCUUUCUUCAUCACCACCGUCCGUUUUCUUCUUUAUUCCCGCGCCGCGGUUAGGAAUUUUAAUUCCUCUCUUAAUCCUCCUCCACGUGUCAUCAUUAACGUUUCAUAACCAGCGUUUACUCGAACAUUUACACGUGUCGCUUCCACAGCGCGAGUACAUACAUGAAAUAUUUGAGUUUAAGAUAUGGAUGACAGUUUCCUUACUUUCCCGCCUAAUUCCUUUUUACUGUUUAUUUCAUUUUCUGAAUUUGACUAUAAAUUCCCCAUUCCAAGAGCUCCACUCACCGCAAGGAUUUGUGUAUACCAACUAGAAUCAUUGUCGCUUUCAAUCGGAGCGGGGGAGAGAGAGCGGAAAAUUCUACUUUUCAAUCCCAGAUUAACAGAGCCAUGGAAGAAUCCAUCAAGGAGCAGCAAUCCACUCCACUUCCUGGAAAUUCAGCGAGACCGAAGCUUCAGCGCUAUACUUUGCGAUCGGGGACCAAGUCGAAGGAGGAGAAGCCUCCUGUGCGUGAAUUGUCGAAUCCUCCUUCUUCUGCUUCAAGGAGGGGAAGAUCUGUGUCCAGUGUGAGUAAAAGUGUUGGAGUCCUUGAUCUGUCUGCCAAGGACAAAUAUGCUAAACCACCAAGAAGGCUGUCUAUUCCAACUAAAAAUGUAAGCCCAACUCGAAAAUUAGUUGGCAACAUUACGCCAAUAUCAGAGGUCCGGAGGACUGCCAGAAGCCAGGGGAAAAGUGACACACCUGUUUCUGAUGUUUCACGGUCAAGCAAGAAAAAAUUCAACCUAUUGUCUUCUACAUCAUAUUGGCUAUCACAGAUCAAGCUCUCUGAAGCUGCUUCUAAGCAUCCUGUGUCGCUUGGAUUUUUUAAACUUGCAUUGGAGGCAGGGUGCAAGCCUCUUCAUCGGAUGCGGGAGGAACUAAAGUCCUACAUAGAUCGUUGCAACCUUGAUGAAAGUGAACAAACGGUGAAAGAUUUGCUUGAAAGCUACAAUUCAGCCGAAGAAACAGAGCAACUGCAGGAUUCUGAAACCUUUUCUCAGGGACCUGAAUUGGGAACAAGGUCUUCAGAUGAGGAAGUUCAUAGCUCUUCAUCCACAGUGGAGCCUAGGAAACUCAAACCAAAAUCCUUGAACACCGAUGUCACCAAAACUACUACCCCGGUCACUGGGGUCAAGCAGAGAAAUCUUACUACAACACCCACGAAUAGGGGAUUUUGGAAUAAAAAUGCUGCCCCAAAUUCAACUUCAGAGACAGCGAAAAGAUCUGUGAAGAAACAGCCUCAUAAGCCAAACAAGCAAGAACCCAUUCAAGUAAAGGAAAAGGCCAAGAAACAUGGAAAGAAACAGCUCAGCGACAAGGCUCCAGGCAGCACAAGCCCUGAAGAAGAUUCAGUGCAAUCAAACAAAGAAAAUUUGGAGUCUCCACCAAUUGAAGUGACAUCGACAGAAGAAGUGAUAUGAAGAAGAUUCUAGUGUUUUGUCCCUGUCUUAGUAGUUUGUGUGUGUUUUGAAGUAGGGUGAUUUCUUUCAAGUACAGGAGAGAUGAAGUGAAAGUGUCAGCCUGUGGUGUGUGCUUUCUUCUGGUCAUAAACAUAAUAGUUUCUAAGUCAUGUCGUCUUUUGCUAGAUACAUAUACAGGAGGUAUUACUGUCAUCAAUUGUAUUGAAAUCUUUGAUAGUUGAUCCAUUGUUUUUAAAGUGUUUCAGCUUGGAAUUUAUAGAAUCAAUGUUCUCUGAUAAUGAUUUUAAACACUCUUAAA